AUGCCUGAGGAUCCUUCAAGGCGUCGUCUCAGGGUGUCUUUCCGCGUCAAAGAGUGGGUUGUGGUAAUUAAAACAAACGGUAGGAUCCGACGAGUGAAAUGUGGAGAAGAAAAGCCGAGUUGUCUCCGAUGCACCAGCACUGGUCGCAAGUGUGACUUCGAAUUACAGGCGCAGGCUCCCACCGUCGUGUUUGUUAACCCGUCACUAUCGCCAAAUACGGUGUCACGAGAGCGUCGUGCUUUCGCUUAUUACUUUGACUUUGCUGCCUCGUCGAUAGGCGGCGGGUUGGAUCUCGACUUCUGGCGUACUGUCGUUCCGCAGGUUUGUCGUCAUGAACCUGCGGUGUGGGACGCUCUUAUUUCCAUCGGUGGUUUGUUUGAAUGUUCUCAAAAGGGUCCGAAUCUGUUUCUACAACAGACGGACUCUAAACAUUUGGAUCAGAAUCAUCAGGAUGUGCUGGCCUGGUACUCACGCUCUGUGUCGGCGAUUCGGCGACGUAUUGAGUCCGGUGGCGUAGAUGCUUUUGUCGGCCUCAUUAGCUGCAUGCUGUUCAUCUGCGUCGAGGCUCUUCAGGGAGAUGCAGGCGGAGCCAUGCAGCUCUUUGCCCAAGGCGUGCGAUUAAUCCUCGCUUUGCGUCCACAGAUUGCCGCUGGGGCUAUACCGGCCGGUAAAGCCGAGCUGUUGGAAGACACGAUCAUCCCAAUCUUCCUCCGUCUCGCAGCCGGGGCUCUGGCUAUUGAUGGCCUCCCACUACAUGUUCUGUUGGAAGACAAUGGGACGUCAGAGCCGGUGUUUGAAUCACUCAAAUCUGCUCGGAAGGCCAUUGUGUUGCUAGCUGUAGAGAUCCCAAUGUUCGAGUCUAAAUGCAUUGAUCAUCUACGAGAAACUGAUGGCUCGGCUUUACCCCAGGAGUUCAUUGUCCAGGGGCAUGUUCUGGAAUCUAAACUCAGGAGUUGGCAUACUGCAUUUGUCGCCAUGACAUAUGGCUCGUGCAAGAUCGCAUCCCCAGAAGAAAUCGGCACAUCCGCUCUCCUCUCAUCAUAUCAUGAAAUGCUAUACAUAAUGCUGGGGACUUGCACGUCCUUGGCCCUUACGAAUUUCGACGCCUUUAUGCCAAACUUUCAAAUGAUCGUGGAACAGUCCGCCAUUGCACUCAGGGCAUCACUGCGUCCCGACGGGACCCAACCACCCUUCACCUUCGAGAUCAGCGUCGGUCUACCCCUCUGGUUCACGAGUCUCCGAUGCCGCGAUCCGCACACUCGUCGCCUGGCCUUAACACUUCUUCGCCGGGCGCCACCGGUCCAAGGAUUCAACCAAUGCUCUAUAGGGUCAGCCAUUGGCGAGAGCGUCAUGGGCCUCGAAGAAGCACGCAGUAUGGAAAUGAAAGCGGCGAACUCAAACAUCAAAACGCUUGACUAUGCGGACGAAGAAUCUCCAGGUCUGGGCAUUGUGAAAAACUCGAAUGGUGUUGCGGAUAUUGCUUCCUACCGCGGUGCAGCAGCAUUCAUUCCGGAAGAGGCACGGAUUGGACCAAUCACUAUCUUCAGGCCGCGGGACGGUCUCCCCAAGGGGACGGAGAUGGAGGAUUUUGCUGAGUGGAAUCGGGGUUCGGAUCAGACAUACCUGCGAUUCACCCGGAAUGAGCGCAACGCGACUGACAAUUCAUGGCGGAUGAGGUAUAAGUAUGUGCCCUUUGAACAUGCGUUGCCAAGUUUAUAUUAUGUGGUGUCUUGCGUGGACUUGGCGGACAAACCACAAGCUAUGAUAGUAUAA